AUAUUUCUUGCACUUUCAUAUGUAGACCGACUUCUAAGCAAUUAGUUGUUGGAUCUUUUGUCAUCUGCAAGUUUAUGUUUGAUCUUCUGAUUUUAACAAGGCCUGCAUUUCAAGUUAGGUGCAGUUAGUAAUGAUCUCUACCAUGAAAUUAAUUGAUAAAGGAAGGGGUAAUACUAAUAUGCGAUGAUACUCAGCAUUAAUAAAUCACAAGUUAUGUUUUUCAAAGCUCAAAUUGCAUUAGCCCCAAACUAAGUCUUCUCACCAACUUCAUGCAUGCUUAAUCACCUCUUUCUUGCAAGUAAAAUUGUAAGAAUUAUUUUUUUUUUAAAAAAAAAAAAAAUCCAAAAGAUAGUUAAUCAAGCUAAGCCAAAUUGGUUUGCUCAUAUUAUAGAAGUGUGAGAAUUGGAAUUGGAGCUGGACCACUAUAUUAUAUAUUUUAAUAUAAAAUGUCUACUUAAUUUGUCAGUAUAUCUACAUUAAUAUAAGACACCUCAAUCCUCCCUUCUUACCAUAUUAAGAAAAGGUAUCCUCCCUUCUUACCAAAUAUAAAACUAUAUCCAUCAUUUCCAAAUCCCUUCAAGAGUCUCCUUCUCAAUGUCUACUCCAAAUGCCACAGAAAUGAACCUCUUUCAAAUCUCACCUCUUGGGAUUUUUUGGAAAUCACUAGCCAUUGGAUGUCCACUACUCUUCUAUGCAUUCUUGUUUAGCCACAAUCCUCAUACCCAAUUUUCAUCAGACCCAUUUUCACCUCUUCAACUUAAAUUCCCAGCUUCGUCGUCACCUAAUCUCAGUAUCCAUUCUCCCACCAAUAUCAGCCACAUUGGAUUCAUAGUUAUAAGCUCCUUGAAAACAUGGAACACUAGAAACCCAUAUAUUCUCUCAUGGUGGAGACCAAAUCUAACUAGAGGAUUUGUCUUCUUAGAUGAACAACCCACACAAGAAUAUCUUCCUUGGCCUUCAACUUCUCCUCCUUACCAAAUCAAUGAAAAUGUCUCCAACUUAAGGAUCUAUCCUAAGCUUGUGAGCCCUGUUCAAGUUCGAAUGUUUCGUUCACUUUUAGAUAUGUAUAGAGUAGUGGGAGAUGGUAAUAAAGAUUUGAGAUGGUUCAUGAUGUGUGAUGAUGACACUGUUCUUUUUGUGGACAACUUGGUAGAGAUUUUAGACAAGUAUGAUCAUAGUAAGUAUUUUUAUAUUGGGGAUAAUUCAGAAUGUGUAGGUUCCAAUUUUUAUAUCACUUUUGACAUGGGAUAUGGUGGAGCUGGCUAUGCUUUGAGCUACCCAUUAGUGGAACUAUUGGCAACUCGAUUAGAUGCUUGUAUUGAGAGGUAUUCACAUUUGCACUUCAGUGAUCAUAUGGCUCAAUCUUGUUUAGCUGAUAUUGGAGUCGCUUUAACCAUUGAAAAGGGUAUCCAUCAGAUUGAUUUACAAGGUGACAUAUCAGGUCUUUUAUCAGCUCACCCACAAUCUCCUCUUCUCAGUCUCCAUCAUUUUGAUUUUAUAAAUCCAAUCUUUCCUUCCAUGGAUCGUUAUGAAGCUACAAAUCAUCUCAUGAAAGCAGCAAAAUUUGAUCAAUCUCGUCUCAUGCAACAAACGAUCUGCUACGACAAGAAAAGAAACUGGUCUUUCUCUGUGUCAUGGGGAUACUCUACUCAUAUAUAUGAGAACACAAUCCCCAGAAGUAUUCUACGUAAACCCCUUGAGACGUUUAAGCCUUGGCAUGGGAAUGCCAAUCCUCCAUUUUACAUGUUCAACACUCGCUCGGUAACCAACGAUCCAUGUGAAGCUCCUCAUGUAUUCUUCUUUCAGUCCAUAGAGUUUGAUAGCGCUUCAAAGAAUCAUCUUCUUACAACCUAUUUUCGAGCUUCACCUCGUAAUUUGCCACCUUGUUCGCCUGAUGGCAACCAUUCUGCUGAUUCCAUAUCCAAAAUUCAGGUGCUUUCUCCGGCCACAACCCGCAAGCCUGCAGGAGUAAUAGAAUGCUGUGAUGUUGAAUACAAAGCUGAGAUGGAUAGUACAGAGAUUGUGAUCAGAUCAUGUAUGAAAGGUGAAGUAGUUGCGUAGAUGUACUGCAGAGAGACCAUAAAUUAAAAGUAGCAGCAGAA